GCAGGAAGAAGAGCCAAUGAGAUCUCAAGGAGACUCAUUAUUUUCGAAGACUAAGGACGAUCAAUCAAAUCCAGAAGCUUCUAUCUACUAGCUGUAGAGACGUUGAUGAUUAGCUCUUCUUCUAUGCGUGUCGCGGCUGCUUUCCUCCUUGUCCUCCUCUUCCUCGUCGACGUUGUUUGCAGCGAGGAGUGCACAAGAACAUGCAUUGCGCAGAAUUGUGACACACUUUCUAUUCGGUACGGGAAGUAUUGUGGGAUUGGACACUCUGGAUGUCCUGGUGAAAACCCUUGUGAUGAUCUUGAUGCUUGUUGUAUGGUCCAUGACAACUGCGUUGAGGCAAAUGGUAUGACUAACGUAAGCUGCCAUAAGAAGUUCAAGCAAUGCCUAAACAGGCUUAGCAAAUCGAUAAAGGAAUCCAAAAGCAAAAAGGUCGGCUUUUCCAAACAAUGCCCUUACUCACAAGUCAUACCAACUAUGAAUCAAGGAAUGGAUAUCGGCAUCAUGUUCAGUCAACUAGGCAAUGAUCUCAGAACCGAGCUCUGAGUUUUGCUGCGCAUUUACUCUUGGCCUAAGAGGAGGAGGAGGCAUCACGUUGGGACUUGGUAGUUUUAGAAGAUUCUUUGGUAAUGAUGAUGAUUACCUCUAAUUGCCAUUGCAAGUCGCUGCUAGAUUAGCUUAAUUCAAACACAUUUGGAUGAUUUAUGACACAUGUUAUUCUUGGAAACUACUAUAAGCAGCUGAUGUGAC